AUGCGUGCUGGACCAAGAUUUCCAUUCUUCCUGUGCUUCCUCUCCUCGUCUGCUCUACCAUCACAUCCGUCGAUCGUCCAGCCAGACACGGCUGUCUACGUCCACCCAACCCCAUCUGCCAAAGACAACAUGCCAGGCUACAUCGCUCUGCUCCAGCAGAAAGGUCACCGAAAUGGCCGGCCCCUUUCCUCCUCCUCGCUCGAGCCUGGCUCCGUCGCCUCGUCAGAUCUCCUCCUCGCCUGGCUGCCCGAAGCAUCGCUGGGCGCUUCCGAAAGCAUCUACGUCAAGGUCGACCUCAGCGACGCCGAGUCGCCCCCCAAGCAAUCCUACCUCGUGCCCCCACCGCCGACCGUCACCGCCCACCAGGGCUCCAUCGGCCACUACGCCUUCGCCAUCCCCGUCAGCGCCAUCUAUUCACUGCUCGUCCGCCCCCCGAGCCUGGGCUGGUGGUACGGCUCCCUGAUCAUCAACUCGAGGGCCGGCGACAGCUUCCCGGCCCUCUUCUUCCACGAUGGCGAAUGCCAGAGCACCAUCCUCAAGCGGAAGCAGCGCGCGCGCGAGAACUUUGAUCCCUUUGGCGACAAGGGCGAGAUGUUCUGGGGCGGCGACGAGGUCCUGCGCUGGCUGCGACGCUACAUCGACAUUCAACGCUCCGAGGCCGAGCCCAACAUGUACCUCGUCGAGCCGAGCAAGGAAGACAGCGAGGCCUUUGGCGGCAAGCUGACGUCGAGUCAGACGCAGAUUGGUCGCAAGGACAGCACCACGGGCAUGAACGUCCAGGGCGCUGCCGGCGCAGCAUCGUCACGCGGCGCGGGACCCGAUGCCCAGAUGGACCCGUUUGUCAAGUUUGUCAAGGAGACUGGGUGGAACAUUAUGGAAAAGUUCAGCAAGGUCACGACCAUGACACGCCGAGCCGCCCAAGACGCGAUCCAGAACCCCAACGUCCCUCCCCAGAUGAGGCGGCUGCUGCGGAACCCAGAGGUGCAAACCAUCCAGGACGAGUUUGACAGCGCGAGGAUCUAUCUGGCUAGGUGGGCCAUGGGCAUUGCCGAACAGAGCGAGCGCGAUCGCCGACAGAGGAUCUGGACCGCUAAGGACGUGCUGGAGCUCGAAGAUACAGACGUCGGCGAGUUUGAGCUGCUGGAUGGUACGAGCAGCCUGUCAAUGGAGGAGCGCAGGAAGCCCGUCACGGCCAAGGAGUGGAGUACCUUUUUCGACGCGCGCACCGGGCGGUUGACCGUGACUGUCGAUGAGGUCAAGGAGCGCAUCUUCCACGGAGGUCUCGAUCCGGACGACGGCGUGCGCAAGGAGGCUUGGCUGUUCCUUCUGGGUGUGUACGACUGGCACAGCACGGCCGAUGAGCGCAAGGUCCAGAUCAACUCGCUCAGGGAUGCCUUUGUCAAGCUCAAGGGAGCCUGGUGGGAGAGGCUCGUGGAUCUGGGCGGUGAAGGCGACGAGGGCGAGUGGUGGCGCGAGCAGAAGGGCCGCAUCGAGAAAGACGUUCACCGUACGGACCGCAACGUCCCGAUUUUUGCCGGGGAAGACAUCCCCCAUCCAGACCCUGACUCUCCCUUCGCCGAGGUCGGCACCAACGUCCACCUCGAACAGCUCAAGGACAUGCUCCUCACCUACAACGAGUACAACAAGGACCUCGGCUACGUCCAGGGCAUGUCUGACCUGCUGGCGCCCAUCUACGCCGUCAUGCAGGACGACGCCAUUGCGUUCUGGGGCUUCCAGCACUUCAUGGACCGCAUGGAGCGCAACUUCCUCCGCGACCAGUCCGGCAUGCGCAACCAGCUCCUGGCCCUCGACCACCUCGUCCAGUUCAUGGACCCCAAGCUGUACAAGCACCUGCAGUCCGCCGACAGCACCAACUUUUUCUUCUUCUUCCGCAUGCUGCUCGUGUGGUACAAGCGCGAGUUCGCCUGGAUGGACACGCUGCACCUCUGGGAGGUCCUGUGGACCGACUACCUCAGCAGCAGCUUCCACCUCUUUGUCGCGCUCGCCAUCCUCGAGAAGCACAGGGAUGUCAUCAUGACGCAUCUGCAGCACUUUGACGAGGUGCUCAAGUACGUCAACGAGCUCUCCAACACAAUGGACCUCGACUCGACCCUCAUCCGCGCCGAGGCCCUCUUCCGCCGCUUCAAACGCCUCGUCGAAGCCGUCGACAAGAAGGGCAACUUCCCGCCACCCCGCCUGCAGAGCGCCGAAGAGGUCAUCCAGAGCCCCGAAGCCGCCAGGGUACGGCCCGCCAGCGCCAGCGCCAGCGCCAACGCGCCAGAGGACGCGUCGGCCUCGACGCCGAGUGCCGCCGCCGCCGCCGCCGCCAAGGGAAAGAGCCCCGCCGCCAAGACGGACGAGCCGGACGAGGCGCGGCCCAAGAUUAUCACGCCGGAGCUGCGCCAGCUUCUGAGCCGCAAGGUCGAGGUGCUGCCGCGCAAGACGGUCGCGAACCUCGGCGACGGGCUGCCUGCGGAGAAGAGGACGUAG